GAGGAAGCUAAAAAAGGCUUAGAAUUGACCGCACCGCCACUCUUAGUGCAUGCAGUCUGUACUCUGCAGGGAAGGGAGGAUCAAAGCCCCUCUCUCUAGAAUCAAGCAGAGUCUCCUCUCCAUUUCUCUCUCUAGCCUCCACCCUCUCGGACAACGACUCUCUCUAGUUUUGUGAGCAAUUUGUCUUCUGCACGGCGAAUUUUUAGGGUUUUGGCCUUGGUCGCAUUCCCCUGGCCGGAGGGUGUUGAGCAGAGGAAAGGCCCCCCGGUGGUAUUUAACGGCGUGCCAUUGCAGAGAAUCAACCUCGCAGCCUCGGAGCAGCGCGCGCAUUUUAAGUUUAGGUGUCGGAAUUUGGGCUAACUGGAGAAAGUUGAAACCAGUGGAGCGCUGGCUUGAGUUUUUUCUUUUUUAUGUUUCUGUUUGGAUAGCGGAAGUGGCGAGGAGAAGGAAGAGGUCUCUUAAUGACAGGGAGGUGGAGGAACUCUAUUUUUUUGUGGAGGGUUGCUGUCUUUCCAAUAGGAAGGAUGCCUGGUUUUCUAUAGAGUAAAUGGACGAUAAUUCCUCAACAUCUGUUCUAGAUGGGGAAAUCAAUGGAAUAAGAUUUGGUUUGGCAACCCGUCCAGAAAUUCGUAUUGCAUCCAACAGCGACUUCCCGAUUAGCCAUGCUAGUCAGCUUACUAAUCCAUUCCUUGGUCUGCCACUGGAAUCUGGUAAAUGUGAAUCUUGUGGUACUGCUGAACCAGGGAAAUGUGAUGGCCAUUUUGGAUAUAUCGAAUUGCCAAUACCAAUAUAUCACCCGUGUCAUGUUAGUGAGCUGAGGCGGAUGUUAAGCAUAUUAUGCUUGAAGUGCUUGAAGAUAAAGAAGAAUAGGUUCUUGAUCAAGAGCAGUGGAGUCAGUGGUAGGGUGUUGAAUGCUUCAGCUUCUUGCUGUGAGGAUCUUUCACAAGUUUCAAUUAAGGAGGUUAAAACUACAGAUGGGGCAUGCUACUUGGAGUUGAAACUGCCUUCUAGGUCAAGAAUAAGAGAGGGUUUCUGGAAUUUUUUGGAGAGAUAUGGUUUUCGUUAUGGCGACACAUUUUGUCGUCCUUUGCUCCCUUCUGAGGUGAUGGAAAUUCUGAAGAAGAUACCUGUGGAUACCAGAAAAAAACUUGUUGCGAAAGGAUACUUCCCUCAAGAUGGAUAUAUACUGCAAUAUUUACCUGUCCCCCCCAAUUGCUUAUCAAUUCCUGAUGUUUCUGAUGGAAUUAGUGUCAUGUCUUCAGAUCUUUCUCUAACUUUGCUUAAGAAGGUUCUGAAGCAAGUCGAGAUUAUCAAGUGUUCAAGGUCUGGGACACCAAAUUUUGAGUCUCAUGAAAUCGAGGCUAAUGAUCUGCAGUCAUUAGUUUCACAAUAUCUUAAAGUUAGGGGUACUGCUAAGACAUCUCGUGAUGUGGAUGCACGAUUUGGGAUUAGCAAGGAGCCUAAUAAUUCUUCUACAAAAGCAUGGCUGGAAAAAAUGAGAACCUUGUUCAUCAGAAAGGGAUCGGGAUUCUCUUCUCGCAGUGUGAUUACUGGUGAUGCAUAUAAAGGGGUCAAUGAAAUUGGUAUUCCAUUUGAAAUUGCUCAAAGAAUUACAUUUGAGGAGAAGGUUAGUGUGCAAAACAUGAAUUAUCUUCAAAAGCUGGUGGAUGAUAAAUUAUGUCUAACCUAUAAAGAUGGUUUAUCCACAUACUCUCUGAAAGAAGGUUCAAAGGGGCAUACUUUUCUAAGACCUGGUCAAGUUGUUCAUCGGCGGAUUAUGGAUGGCGACAUUGUUUUCAUUAAUAGGCCACCAACAACUCACAAACACUCCCUGCAGGCUUUUUCUGUGUAUGUUCAUGAUGAUCAUACAGUCAAGAUAAAUCCUCUUAUAUGUGGGCCUCUAGGUGCUGAUUUUGAUGGGGAUUGUGUUCAUUUAUUUUAUCCCCAGUCUCUUGCUGCUAAAGCAGAGGUUGUGGAGCUAUUUUCAGUGGAUAAACAGUUGCUUAGUUCUCAUAGUGGCAGUCUCAACUUGCAGAUCACGACUGAUUCAUUGCUUUCUCUCAAGAGUAUGUUUAAAACAUAUUUCUUGAACAAAGCAGUUGCCCAGCAGUUGGGCAUGUUUGUUUCCACAGAAUUACCUCCGCCUGCUUUGCUGAAGGCCCACAAUUCUGGCCCCUUAUGGACUGCCCUGCAGAUGUUACAGACUGUAUUACCUGGCCUUUUUGACUGCUCUGGGGAGAAACACUUGAUUUGCAAGAGUAAAUUGCUGAAACUUGAUCUAAAUAGGGAUGAACUCCAAUCUUUGAUCAAUGAAAUUGUUAGUGCUGCUUUAUUUGACAAAGGUCCCAAAGAGGUUCUGAAUAUCUUCAAUUCAUUACAACCACUGCUCAUGGAACAUCUGUUCUCUGAAGGCUUUACGGUUGGUUUAUAUGAUUUUUGUGCUCCAAGGAUUGUUAAGAGAAAUAUUCUACAGGAUAUUCAGGAUAUAUCACCAUUGCUGUAUCACUUAAGAUCUACAUAUAAUGAGUUGUUAGAGUUGCAGUUAGAGAAUCACAUACGACAGAUGAAAGUUCCAAUUGCCAAUUUCAUUCUUACGUCAUCUGCACUUGGUAUAUUAAUUGAUUCCAAGAGUGAUUCGUCAAUAAAUAAAGUAGUUCAGCAAAUAGGUUUCCUGGGCUUGCAACUUUCAGAUAAGGGGAAAUUUUAUUCUAGGACCUUGGUGGAGGACAUGGCUUCUCUUUUUAAGUCUAAAUGCCCUUUUGAUAGAGUUGAGUACCCCUCUGGAGAAUAUGGAUUGGUUAAAAGUUGUUUUUUUCAUGGGUUAGACCCCUACGAGGAAAUGGUUCAUUCAAUUUCUAGCAGGGAAGUGCUUGUCCGCUCAUCAAGAGGACUGUCUGAACCUGGGACGUUAUUCAAAAAUUUAAUGGCCAUACUCAGAGAUGUUGUUAUUUGUUAUGAUGGAACUGUGAGAAACGUUUGCAGCAAUUCCAUCAUACAGUUUGAGUAUGGGGUAAAUGUUGGAGUACAGUCCCCAAGUUUGUUUCCAGCUGGUGAACCUGUUGGUGUUUUAGCUGCAACAGCCAUGUCUAAUCCGGCAUAUAAGGCCGUUCUUGAUUCUUCUCCUAGUAGUAAUUCCUCAUGGGAACUGAUGAAGGAGAUUCUGCUUUCCAAAGUUAGUUUCAAGAAUGACCUUAUUGAUCGUCGUGUCAUUUUGUACUUAAAUGGCUGCGACUGUGGGAGACUGUAUUGCCGAGAAAAGGCAGCAUAUUUGGUGAAGAACCAGUUGAAGAAAGUUAGUCUUAAGGACACAGCACUUGAUUUCAUGAUUGAAUAUAAAAAACAUCAAUCUGGAUCUCAAUGUUCUCAAAUCAAUGCGGGUCUUGUUGGUCACAUUCAUCUCAAUGAGAUUUUGUUAAAGGAAAUGAAUUUAAGCAUGCCUGAGGUUCUCCAAAAGUGCCAAGAAACCAUCAUUUCAUACAGAAGGAAGAAAAAGGCUGCUCUUCUUUUCAAGAGGGUAGUUUUGUUUGUCAGUGAAUGUUGCUCUAUGCCAUGCCUGGCAUUCUUCUUGCAAGAUAUGAAUGACUCUCAUUUAGAGAGAACUUCACAGAUCCUUUCUGACACAAUUUGUCCAGUUUUGUUGGAGACAAUAGUCAAAGGUGAUCCUCGAGUUUGCUCAGUGAACAUAAUUUGGAUUAGUCCAGAUUCAACUACUUGGAUAAGAAACCCUUCCAAGACACACAAAGGUGAAUUAGCAUUGGAUGUUGUACUUGAGAAGGCAGCAGUGAAGCAAAGUGGUGAUGUUUGGAGGAUUGUCAUGGACUCCUGUAUUCCAAUAAUUCACUUGAUUGACACUAGGCGUUCCAUUCCAUAUGCCAUAAAGCAAGUGCAGGACUUACUUGGGAUUUCAUGUGCUUUUGAGCAAGCUGUUCAGCGCCUGUCAACCUCUGUGGCAAUGGUGGCAAAAGGUGUGCUGAAAGAGCAUCUCAUUUUAUUGGCAAAUAGUAUGACAUGCGCUGGAAAUUUGGUUGGUUUCAAUGUAGGGGGUUACAAAACCCUAUCUCGUUCAUUGAACAUCCAAGUACCAUUUACAGAAGCAACACUCUUUACACCAAGAAAAUGUUUUGAGAGGGCAGCUGAGAAGUGUCAUGUCGAUUCUUUAUCAAGCAUAGUUGCAUCUUGUUCAUGGGGUAAACAUGUGGCAGUUGGUACAGGUUCUCGAUUUGAUAUUUUGUGGGACAAAAAGGAGAUGGGUGUGAAUCAAGAAGAUGGGAUUGAUGUCUAUUCUUUUCUUCACUUGGUGCGGGGUGGUUCAAUUGAAGGAGACUCUAAUACAGCUUGUUUGGGUGCUGAAAUUGAUGAUCUUAUGCUGGAUGAUGAACAUUUGGAUUUUUGCCCAUCGCCAGAUAAUGGCUUUGAGAAGCCAGUGUUUGAAGAAAAUUCUGAAUUGCCGGUGGAUCAACCUGAAGGUUCGAGUUGGGAUUCUCCAAAUGUGCAAGGUUGGAACGAAAGUCAAGUGCAGUGGGGCCUAAAGGGAGAGACAGCCUCAAAGAGAGAACCAAAAGACAAUUCACAUGGUUGGGGUCAAGGUUCAACUGAGAGGGUGGAACAGUCACAGUGGGGCCAAGGUGUCUCAGACUCAAGGGAAAAUCAGCAGAAGAUUUCACAGAGUUGGGGUCAAGGUUCAAGCGAAGGGAGGGAACAACCGCCAUGGGGUCAACAGGGAGAGUCAGCCUCAAAGAAUGAUUGGAAGGAGAAUAGUUGGGGCCAAGGUUCAAUUGACAGGCAGGAACAGUCACUGUGGGGGCAGAAGGGAGAGACAGGAUCAAAGAAAGAACCAAAAGACAAUCCACGUAAUUGGGGUCAAGGUUCAGUUGAGAGAGAGGAACAGUCACCGUGGGGCCAGAAGGAAGAGUCAACUUCUAAAAAAUAUCGGAAGGAGAGUGGUUGGGCUGAAGGUUCAUCUGAGAGGGAGGAACAGCCCCAGUGGGGCCAGCAGCCAGAAUCAUCUGCAGAGAAAAACAACAAUGGAACUUCAUAUAAUUUUAAUAAAGGGUGGAAUGAAAGGAAUGUGCAUUCACAAUGGGGCCAGCAGAAAGAGUCAUCUACAGAGAAUGAUCCCAUUGAGAGUUCCCGUAAUUGCAGUCGAGGAUUGAAUGAGAAUGAAGAACAGUCCCAGUGGGGCCAGCAGAGAGAAGUAACUGCAGAGAAAGAUAAUUUUGAACGUACACGGGAUUGGGAUUCUUCAAAUGAGUUAAAUCAACCAGAAAGUUCACAAGGUUGGGGUUCUCCAUAUCCUGUAGGUGGGAAUGAAAGUGAGACACCAUCUCAGUGGGGAGGCUCAGCUUUCAAGAAAAACCGCCCCGAAAAUUCACGUGGUUGGGGUUCUGGUGCUGGGGACUGGAAAAACAAGAACCGUCCUGCUAAGUCGCCAAGGAUACCGAAUGAUGAUUCCAGUGCAAGUGGGAUUUAUACUGCAACCAGGCAGCGUUUAGAUAUGUUUACUUCAGAGGAACAAGACAUUCUUUCGGAUGUUGAGCCAGUUAUGCGGUCUCUUAGAAGAAUAAUGCAUCAAUCUAGGUACAAUGAUGGUGAUCCCCUGUCUGCCGAAGAUCAAUCAUUUGUGCUCGAGAAUGUCUUUAAUCACCAUCCAGAUAAAGAAGUAAAAAUGGGUGCUGGAAUUGAUUAUCUCAUGGUUAGCAAGCACAGCAGUUUCCAGGAGAGCAGGUGCUUCUACAUUGUCUCAACUGACGGCCGCAAGGAGGAUUUUUCCUACCGUAAGUGUCUAGAGAACUUCAUCAAGGGGAAGUAUCCCGACCUGGCCGAGCCAUUCAUUGGAAAAUACUUCAGAAGGCCUCGACCUGGGGGAAACCGAGAGUGGCCCUCAACUCAGGAGGAAAAUGGUGCAUAGGCAGUAACCUGAUUACUUUCCGGAUUUGGAAGGAUUCAUUUAUAUCUGCUGAAAGAUGCUGUUUUUAAUACCCAUCUGCAUCAACUGCCAUACAACCAGUGGUCAUUUUGGAGGCUGCAUUGCGCAUGUGAUGUAAAUAUAGUGGAUAGUCAUUUUAGUUGUUCCUUUUAUGUUUUUAGAUUUCAAGCCCGGAAUACUUUGUAUUUUCGAAAAUUUUUGCUGGGUUUGUUUAAAAUAUUUUUGUUCAAAAAAACCCAAAAUAUUGUUUU